AUGAAGCAAAAAAUAGUUAUAAAGUUGUCAAUGGACAAAGAGAAAUGCAGAAACAAAGCCCUCAAAACUGCUGCUGAGGUCAAAGGUGUGACUUCAGUUUCAUUGGAAGGAGAUGACAAAGAUAAGGUAUCUGUUACCGGUGAUAAUAUAGACACAGUUUGCUUAGCCAACCAACUUCUGAAGAAAUUCAAAAAUGUCACAAUUCUAAGUGUUGAAGAAGUGAAAAAGAAAACAGAAGCAGAAAAGAAAAAGGAAGAAGAAAAGAAAAAAGAAGAAGAAAAGAAAAAGAUGAUAGAAGCAUGUCGUGCUGUUUUGCAUGGUUCUUGCAUCAAGUGUCAUAGCAUGAGUUGUAAUGGUAAGUGUUCAUGCACAAAAUGUUCAAGUCCAAAGUGUGAUGGAACACUUUGUGUCACUAUUUGCUUUAAGUGUGAAAAUCCAAAGAGUUGUUGUGAGUGUAUGUCAUGUUGCUCCAAUUGUGACCACAAAUAG